CGAAACCUAUCCGUGCAAUAAAAACUUGCAAAAGUCUCCCAUUUUGCAUCAGAGUAGGCCACUCUUCUCGCCGCUCAGCAAACCUGCGCAAUUCAGUUUGGGACAAUAUGGCCUUCAACCAGCAGCAGACACCUUUUUAUAGCCCAAGCCUCCCCUUCACUGGAUCAAUCCACGGUGGUCUGCAGGAGGGGAAGUCCAUCAACGUCAGUGGACGAGUCCUGCCUGGAGCCGAUAGGUUCCAUGUGAAUUUACAGUGUGGUUCCAGGACCAAUGCGGACAUUGCUGUCCACAUUAACCCAAGAUAUGACAGCCACCCAGGUUAUGUGGUUACCAACACCUUCCAGAAUGGCAGCUGGGGGCCAGAAGAGAGGAAGCAAAACUCGCCGUUUCCUGCUGGCUCUACCUUCAGCCUCACCAUCACAGUCACACGUGAUUCCUACCAGCUGAACGUCAAUGGCUGCCACUUUAUGGAGUACAGACACCGUAUCCCAUUUCACCUGGUGGACACCAUCUCAGUCAGCGGGAAAGUAGAAAUUUCCACCAUUGCCUUCCAGAACCCUAUGCUGGCAUUUCCUGCACAGCCUGCGUUUGCUGCACAAGUAGCCUAUCCCACCCAGGCUGGCUUCCCUUCUUAUCCAGCGUUUCCCCCUCAGCCUGGAUUUCCAACUCAGCCUGGGUUUCCUUCUCAGCCUGGUUUUCCAUCUCAGCCUGGGUUUCCAUCUCAGCCUGGGUUCCCCUCGCAGUCUGGAUUUCCUCCAGCAAUGCCUGUUGUUCCAUACCAGAGCCACAUCAGCGGUGGACUGAAACCUGGCAGGACCAUCACUAUUCAGGGGAAUGUUAACCCCAACGCCACAAGGUUCAGUGUGAAUCUGAGCUAUUCCUCUGGCAUCGCUCUGCAUUAUAACCCACGUUUCGACGAGAACGUUGUGGUUCGGAACACCAAGCAGGGGGACCAGUGGGGCCCAGAGGAGCGCGGCGGCGGGAUGCCCUUCCACCGGGGGAAGCCUUUCACGCUGACUAUCUGUUGUGAGAAACAGUCCUUCAGGAUCGUGGCCAAUGGGAUGCAGCAGCAUACCUAUAAGCAUCGUAUCACUUACUUCCAACACAUCACCACGCUGGACAUCGCUGGAGACAUCAGUCUGACCUCUGUGAUGGUGUAGAGACCCCACACCACUGGCUGCUCUGGAUUAUUUUACACACAACAGGGUUUCCCUGAUAAAAUAUAAAAAAAAAUCUGCUUGCAUUUAUUCAUGAAUCCAUGCUAAUUGAUUACUUAUGGCAUUUACUGGAUAUUGUUUAUUUACCUCCUGUGUAUUCAUGCUACAAAUAAUCCUUUUUCUAUAUUAUCAUUUUCUAUAUAUAUUCUGAAAACAUUGUUUUUUAAAGGAAAAAUCCACCAAGGAUUACCAGGUCCAGUUAGUUCAUGAAUUAAGUUACUUCUGGUUGAAUUCAGAAGUGACAUUCUGACAUAAUAGACAUUCUGUAUAAUGAAGUCUCUAAAAACAGUGAUCAUUGUUGUUAGUGAAACAUUAAAAUGAAUGUAGUGUGAA